UGUCCGUCGGGGUCCUGACGCACGCUGCGGGGUCAGAGACGCACCGAGUCCCCCACACCCCCACGCGGGAGACCAGGAAGCCGACGCUCUACGCGGACACGUGACACCUGGGAAAACUCCUAAUCAAGGAUUUCUGCUGUACUUUUUGUGUCAAUCCUCUAUGGCCGAAGCCCGUCGCGAGGAUGAGGAAGAGGAGGAGCGCGCGGGUCGGAGAGACGUCCCGACCUACAGGAACCAGGCAACAGCUCAUCCUGAAAGAACCAAGCCAGAUCAUUCAAGACAAGUGCCUCUGAACUCGAUACGAGCUGCUGUCAAACGGACAAGCACAAACACUAAGAGUGACCACAGCAGAGAAAGAAGACGGCCAGAGAUCACCAUCCUCUCAGGACAACCUCUGGCCAGUAACAUCUGGUUCUCAGGGAACCCUGCGGUUUUCCCUCAUCCCCCUCAGUCGGGCUGGUCUGCAGGCAUCCAGGCUGUUCCCCAGCCCCCACCACCCUAUGACCAGGUGAUUCAAAAGCAGACCCAGGAGGAGCGCGUCGUCAAGCCCACUGCGCCCCCCCGUCGGAGCGCCCGCACCGCCACAAGUGCCACGCAGACCGACCCCGCGCCGGAGGACGCGACCCGCGCUGCUGCUCCACUGUGCUCAAGAAAAAGACCUGCGGGUGAAAAGCCGCGAAAACCGCCGAGGCCGUCUCUAGCAAAACCUGCGGACAGGGGACCAGUGGGCACCAAUUCCCGAGUACCCGCAAACGCCGAAGAGCCAAGUGACCGGCCCGGUUCCAGCCGCAGUGGAUCCGUCACCGUACACUGGGACUUUCCCGAAACUGCUCCCUCUUCCCCCGACCCGUCGCCCCGCCGUCGCCCCGUUCCGCUCCCUCGCACCAGACCAAAGGUGACGGUCCAGACUUCGGUGGAGCCCCGUGAACAUUGUGACGGCCUUCGAUCGGAUCCGGAGGAGGUCACCGCCUGCAGGCAUUUGAAGGAGCUCGAGUGUGAGGGGAACAACAACAGCGCCGACGCCGACCUUUUGGAGGAGGGCGCAGGUGUCAAAAUGAACGGCAACAUCAGUCAGCGCAAUAUCCGGGCCAGGAUCCAAGCCUUUGAGACCCACUCCGGCCCCGAGGAGGAGAACGCCGCUGACCAACCGGAAUCGGCUUUCGGGAAGGCAGCCGGCAGACCCCCGGUUGCCGCCAAGCCUUCUGUCUCGCUUAAGCCCCAGUUCAGCCACAAUGUGGACUAUCGAAGCGCGUCGUUCAGGAACCUCCCCAAAGUCCCCGAACCGUCCCCCGGACCGGUGAAGGAGGAGCUGGAGACUUUGUUCAACAAGAGGUCAGCCAAGAGCAUCCACGGAGAGGGCGUGCGUCCUUCCCCCACGGUGAAGCCUUUUAAGGAAGCCCUGAAGCCCAACUUUAAUAUAAAUAACCACAACUCGACCUCUAUAGACACAGAGGAUCCGUAUUCGGACAGUUCAUCAAAUCACAUCCCCUUCAAACCUCAGCACGGCUCGGACACCGACGGGGGGUCUUCCAACAGGCAGAGUCUGACACGGAGGCCGACCACUAUCAGGGUCCCCAGUUUCACCGGGUCACCGGCUAACUGCGAGGACCGCACCCCUCCUCUUCCUGCCCAGAAGCCCAUUGGCUCCCGAAACCCCUCGGGGAACAACCGACAGAGCCAGACCCCCACCUUCCCCCGCCAGGAGUCUUUCCCCUCUGGGCCGGAACCGUCGUUACCACCUCGGAGGCUGUCUACGAGCAAAACCCUUCCUCCUCGCCCACCCCUUGCCAAGACCGGCCCGGCAAGACCGGCCGUGCCCAACAUGCAGGCCAUAGGUCGAUCCCAAUCACUGUAUUUGGAACCUCCCCCAAAACCGCAGUCCCAAAGGAGAAGAAGUGUCCUCCCUCCGAGGCCCAACCCCGGCCACAGCCUCUACAACAAAUACACCCUCCAACUUCCUCAUGGGAUCGCUGCCUUCGACUACAACGGGAGUAACGCGGGAGAACUGUCAUUUCAGAAAAACGAGGUGCUCCUGCUGCUAGAUGAGAUUGACCACGACGUGUUCCAGUGCCAAGUCGGGGAAAGCAAAGGAGGAGUACAAAAGGCUCACAUGGUGGUCAUUACUCCUCUUUCCUCCUUCUCAGACCCAGCGCCGCCACAGGAUGCCGGUUCAGGUGAAGCUGGUUCUGAGCUUAAAGUGCAGGCCACACAUGACUUCAAUCCAGAGGGGCCAGGAGAGCUGGGCCUGAGAGCAGGCGAUGUUGUGACCACGGUGGAGCAGCUGGACAGUCAGUGGUACAGAGGCACUUGUAGGGGAUCCACCGGUUUCUUUCCCAUCAGUUAUGUCAAAGUCCUGUCAAAUUCCCCGAAGCCGCCCCGCGAACAGAAAGCAAGACCGCCGUCCACAACAGUCAGCGGUCCGAGAUGCGUGGCGAAGUUCGACUUUGAGGGCAAGGCCGGCGACGACGAGCUGUCGUUCUCCGAGGGAGACGUGAUCCAGCUGAAGGCGUACGUCGGGGAGGAGUGGGCCCGGGGCCGGAUCGGCGCCUCGACCGGUCUCGUCCCUCUCAACUUCGUGGAGGUCAUCGAGGAUCUGCCCCCAGCCACGAGUCUGCAGAAGAGGCAUUCCGCCGGGAUAGCGAUGCCCGGCAUGGUGUCCUCUGCGAGCACGCACGCUCGCGCGGCCGAACCGCCUCAGCCCGGCGUGGAGUGGGCAACGGCGCUGUACGACUACGCCGGCGACUCGGACGGCAGCCUGUCGUUCGAACGGGGCGACCGGAUCCUGGUCAGCCGCCACCUGGACGGCGACUGGAGCUUCGGGCGGCUCGGCGGCAGAGAGGGCGCGUUCCCCCGGGCCUACGUCGAGAGCGCCGCAGCAGGUCAGCAGGCUAAUAACCAGCAGAGCGGAGCUGCUGGAAGUAGAGGCAGGGCCAUGUUCGACUUCACGCCAGAAUGUGACGAGGAGCUGAGCCUGCAGGCUGGGGAUAUCAUCACUGGCCUGGAGGCCGUUGAUGGAGAGUGGUUCCUGGGGGAGUUGAGAGGGAAACGGGCUCUGGUCCCUAGAAACUACGUGCAAGUACUGGAGUAGUGUGACGUCACACCGGAUGACCUGAACUAAGAGCAGGUUUUCAGCAGCGGAAGUCUGAACUGAACCUGGAGUGCGUUAUUUCCUCCACAUGUUGUAUAACUUUUUUUUUUUUUCUCCACUUGAUGUCUUAACUUAUACGUGAGGGUUUUUCAUGACUGUAAAUUAAUAAAGUAAAGCUGGUUUACAAUUACAGCAUUCAAUAUUUAACACUAUACAUAAGCACCAUCUAGUGGUUUGAUUAUUUUCCUCCCAUCACUGAUAUUUGUGGAGUUACCUGACAAUUUAUUUCCAUCUCUACGUUUAUAAUGGAAAGCGGUUGGAAGCUUGAAUGGAAUACUUUGUAGCCGAUGAUGUGUCUACAUGUAAACAUCUCAAAGAUCAUUUUGACCAGGCGGCUAUUGCACGAAACCAGGAAAUUCAAGUUAUCCUGGAUGAAUUUAGCUUAGACUUCGUUGCACAAACGCAGGUUGAAUUCAACCCAGCCAAGUAACCAUGGAGAUGUAUUAUUCUUUGCACCUGGCCUGCUCCAGAGCAGGCGAACAGCCAGGCUAAGAUUACUCCUGUAGUCUGUGUCAAAUCACCUGCCGCUGUCAUCCGCAAUAAACGUGUUGAGGGCGAGAUAUAAAGUCCCAUUCACAUGCGUUUCCUUCUGCACCAAUGCAUUCCCAUUUCUGAUGGGUUUUGGAUGAAGAAGCACUGAAAUUUGGGACAUGCCUUGGCGACAGAUCGGAUGCACAGUGCGAAGCCAUGCUCUCAUCCCACAGAUGCUCUGUAUGGCACUGCGCUUUUUAUAUUCCGAAACUGUAAAUAAAGGCUAUUUGACGUAAUGUCAGAAGUGUUUGGCACACAUGUGUAUUACCGUCCCUGGCCACAGAAGAAUGUUACAUCAAAGAGGAUUUCCACAAGACGGCAAGUAAAAUGAAUUACAAAAGCUUAGAUGAAAUAUGUGAGCAAGCAUCAUUUCUACAUAGCAGCCUGGUUUUUAUUUUAGCUUGACCUUUUGCCAGGAUCUUUUACCCAGUCAUGUUUGUUCAUGAACAUUAAUUGUAGAUAUUUAGAAUUAGAUGUGCAUAUGGUUGUAAAACAUUCUCACAUUGUGAAUAAGGGUUUGAAAUGAGGCC